AUGUCCAUCGAAGUCGAUUGGGCAACGGCCACCUCCGGCCCAGACGGAGAAGCUCUGGCAGAGCGCAUCCGCUCAUUUGUCCACGACAAGUUCCAAGAAGUUGCACUACCACGCUUCAUCCGCUCGGUCCAAGUGCACUCCUUCGACUUCGGCACUAUAGCACCUGAUCUCGAGAUAAAAGAUUUCUGCGAACCCUUUUCGGACUUUUACGAAGAAGACGACGACGAUACAUCCGCCACCUCCGAAGAACUCGUCGAGCAAUGGUCUCACUCAGAUUACGAAGAUGAAAUGCCUCUAGGCCACAGCCCCCGUAACCUCGCUCACCACCCAUAUCCAGGCGAGGGGUUUCAACCUUCCGCGCUUCGCUCCCCACUACCACUCGGCGAUCACCUUAAUCCGCAUUUCAUGCCUCGCGCAGGAACCCCCGGCAUUCCGGGCGGAACAUCAAAUCUGGGCUACCACCAUCUAAUGCUGGGUGGUCUUUCAGGAACUCAAACGCCCCUUGCAGCCGUUGCGGGUGGUACACCAUUUGCAAGCGGCUGGUCCGAUUUGGGAAUAGGACAUGCCGGUAGAGUUCCACGUGGACCUGCACGCUCUUCAAUGCAUCAGCAACGCCCAGAUCUCGAUGUAGACACUACACACUCUGCUUCUCGACCUUCUACUGCAAAUACACAUCCUUCGCAUCCUUCCAUCAGCCAGAAUACUGGAAGUAGUGGCUCAAAUCGCAAUAGCGCCGAGAACCCCGCUGAUAUCCCGCAGCCAUCUGUUGAAGAUGCGAUCGACGACGACCCCACUAUGCCAAUUCCACCGCGUAUGCGUGAACGCCGACCAGAUGAUUUUCAGAUCCUGUGUCAUGCGAAAUACGCCGGUGAUGUGCGCAUGUCACUUACCGCGGAGAUCUUACUUGAUUACCCCAUGCCCAGCUUUGUGGGUCUUCCAUUAAAGCUUAAUGUAACUGGUAUUACAUUUGACGGUGUGGCGGUGGUGGCUUACAUUCGUAAGCGUAUACAUUUUUGUUUCCUAUCUGCUGAGGACGCGGAUGCAUUGCUCGGUUCUGAAAGUCAAAAUCAAAGUAGCCAGAAUCCUGGUGAGGAUGGACGACCAAAGUCUGGGGAGCAAAAGCGACAGGGUGGAUUAUUACAAGAGAUACGGGUAGAGAGUGAGAUAGGACGGAAAGAAGAUGGGAAACAGGUCCUAAAGAAUGUAGGGAAAGUUGAGCGCUUCGUUCUUUCACAAGUGCGCCGCAUCUUUGAGGAGGAACUGGUCUACCCCAGUUUCUGGACUUUCCUGGUCUAA